AUGUUUUUCCUACACAACCUUGAGCGUCAGGUCACCCUGCACCCGUCGUACUUUGGCAAGAACAUGCACGAGUUGGUCACUUCGAAGCUCCUCAGCGAUGUGGAGGGAACCUGUACCGGACAAUACUACAUUAUCUCUGUGAUGGACACAUUCAACGUUUCUGAAGGUCGCAUUAUCCCUGGCAGCGGCCUCGCGGAGUUCACUGUUCGAUACAGAGCGGUCGUCUGGCGUCCAUUCAAGAAUGAGACUGUUGAUGCCAUCGUCACGGCCGUGAACCCAGCUGGCUUCCACUGCAUGGCUGGACCUCUCGAGUUCUUCGUCUCCAGAGAACUUAUCUCCAAAGACAUCAAGUUCGACCCGAACGCGACGCCGUGGCAGUGGACCGACAAUGAGGAUCAAGUGAUCGAGAAGGGCGCGCAAGUCCGAGUCAAGUUGAUCGGUCUGCGUUCUGAUGUCGGGUCCAUGUACGCGAUUGGUAGCAUCAAGGAGGACUACCUCGGUGUGCCACCGCCGUGA